AUGGCUAACUUGUGUACCAACAGUCGCGACUCUCCGUACACCUCGACGGCUCCAGGCUCGUCUUUGGUCCAACUGAGCCCUGCGGCACUCGUCGAGUAUCACCGGCUUCAACUGUAUGACUACGCUCAAGUAGCCAGCAGAUUUCGGUUCUCUCAUCCAGCUUUUGUUCCAGCAUACUCAUUGAGCCCGUAUAGUGAUGCUCAGCCACCUCUCCCUUAUGGUCUCUCGCCCUUUGUUCGCUUUGACCCCCGCACUCGUCUGUUACACGAGGACCCCAAACCUCAACAUUCUUAUAUCGGCCUGAUCGCAAAAGCCAUAUUGAGUUCAAAUGAGAAGAAAAUGGUACUGAGUGACAUCUAUCAGUACAUACUGGACAACUAUCCCUACUUUCGAAACCGAGGGCCCGGCUGGAGAAAUAGCAUCCGCCACAAUCUCUCUCUCAACGACUGCUUCAUAAAAGCUGGACGCAGUGCUAACGGAAAAGGUCACUAUUGGGCCAUUCACCCAGCCAACAUGGAAGACUUCAAAAAGGGGGACUUUCGACGUCGUAAGGCACAACGAAAGGUCCGUCGACAUUUAGGAUUGGCUGUACCGGAAGAAGACGACAGUCCGAGUCCUACACCUCCACCAGAGGUCAGCCCUAGACCCGACAGAGCUAUGGUCAGUUCUGGAGAAGAAAAAGUUAGCACAGAAACGGUCAACUGUCAUACUAGAAAAAGGCUGUUCGAUGUAGAAAGUCUGUUAGCUCCCGACCAGGGUGAGAAUGAUCAUGAAAAUAGAAAACCUACAAUGGAACAACGAGAGGAUGGAAAAGGGCAGUUCCAGCCUCAGAUGUCUGUUUCAUCUCUAGGAGGGUUGGCACUCUCUGUCCCAACCGUCUGGACGACCGGUCAGUCAUUUUCUGCAGCUACUAUGCUGGCUUGUCCAGUCCGCCCGUCAGUUCCGGGGUAUGGUCGACCCCUGUUUUUUCCUUCGCCCGUAGAUUCCCUUGUCCAGCGGUUUCAGAGCCGUGUACCAAAGUUUGGUCCGAUCUCUGAAGAAAUUGACCAUUCUGGCGUGUAAGAAGCAAACCUAAGUCUCGUAAGCCUAGAAGCAAUAUACUGUACCAUAUACGUGCGUUCGUAAUUAUGUGCUUAAAGUUUAUUGUAUAUGUAAGAAAUAAUUAUGUGAUGAAAUUUAUUUGUAUAUUUAUUUUAUGUAAGAGCGUCUGUAAGAUCCUGCACCAAAAACUGAGUAGAAGUCUCGUCAAAAAAUCGAAAAAUAAUUAUUUAGUUUAUACAGAGAACGGUCAACAUUCCCGAUCGUGAUUUCUCACCCAGAUUAUAGUGACUGAGCUUAUC